CCUUUGAUAAACGUUUAACCUUACUUCCAUUAUUUCUUUUUGUUGAUAUAAACAUACUAAUUUCUUUUUUACAUUUGUAGGAAAACAGACCAUUUCAUCCUUAUGGUGCAUUGAAGAUUUUCAACUAAUAUAAAAAGUAUUUAUAAUAAUUGUAAAAAUGGAUAGCCUUUUCACACAGAAUAUCUUAGAUGAACCAGAAGAUAUACCACAGACAGAUGAACCAGUUUGGGUUCUUGGAAAAAAAUACAAUGCUAUAAAAGAAUUGGAUGCAAUUCGUAGAGAUAUAAGGUCCAAAUUAUGGUUCACCUAUCGCAAGAAUUUUAAAUCAAUUGGUGGUAACAAUUCUACAAUCACAACUGACAAGGGUUGGGGGUGCAUGUUGAGAUGUGGACAAAUGGUUCUUGGACAAGCUUUAAUUACAUUACAUUUAGGUAAAGAGUGGCAAUGGGCACCAGAAACUAGAAACAGUACAUACCUGAAAAUUUUGGAACGUUUUGAAGACAGAAGAGGUGCUGCUUUCUCUAUUCACCAAAUUGCAUUAACAGGAGCUACAGAGGGGAAAGAAGUUGGACAAUGGUUUGGUCCUAAUACGAUAGCACAAGUAUUAAAGAAAUUAGUUGUGCACGAUGAAUGGAGUUCGAUCACAAUACAUGUGGCUCUAGACAAUACAUUAAUAGUUAAUGAUGUUUUAAGACAAUGUAGAGUAGAAGGAGGUACCACAGCAGAAGCAGAUGGUGAUGUACCAUUAAAAGCACCUAGCCAAUGGAAGCCUUUAUUACUUUUAAUACCACUUCGUCUUGGGUUAAGCGAAAUUAAUCCUAUCUACAUUAACGGGCUUAAGACUUCAUUCAAAAUCUCACAAUCUCUAGGAGUAAUAGGAGGAAAACCCAAUCUUGCGCUGUACUUUAUAGGAUGUGUUGGAAAUGAAGUAAUUUAUUUAGAUCCCCAUACAACACAAAGAUACGGUAGUGUUGAUAAAAAGUUAGAAGAGGAGGACAUUGAAAUGGAUGCUACUUAUCACUGCAAAUUUGCUAGUCGUAUUCCUAUUACGGGAAUAGAUCCUUCUGUAGCACUUUGUUUCUUUUGCGCGACUGAAAAAGACUUUGAAGCUUUAUGCAAAUCUAUUCAAGAAGAACUAAUUGCUCCAGAAAAGCAACCUUUAUUAGAAUUGUGUGCAGAAAGAUUGACACAGUGGUCUCCAAUUGAAGAUGCUGCUUCGGAAGCAAUAGCAGCUGUAAGUUUUGUAGAUUUCGAACAUGUAGAUCCCCAGUAUGACACAUCUGAUGAAGACUUUGAACUACUUGGUUGAUAUUUAAUCAUCAAGUAAAAUGAGUCUAUGAUAUAAGAAAGAAAGAUGUACAUAAUACCCUUGAUGGUUUACUGAUAUACUUUAAAAUGAAAACAACUAUUCAUUGGACAUACAUUUUUGAAUGGAACUAUUGCUGAUUCAAUACUA